UCUUACCAAUGAGUAUGCCGGCACAACAUAUAUGUAUAUUUGUGUAAUGCUGAUGAAAUUCGCUUUAAGGGCACAUACCAGAUAAGCCUUGGCCCUCUUCAACCGUCCCUUUUGAGAAGGAUGAAAUGUUUGUUGGUCGAGAAGAUAUCCUGAUGGCCAUCAACAAAAAUAGUCAACAAAGGCAAAGACGAUAUCAUAAACGAAUAGCGCUAGUUGGCCUAGGAGGGGUGGGGAAGUCUCAGAUAGCGAUCGAGCACACAUACCGAAUUCGAGAAUCUGCACCAAACAUAUGGACAUUUUGGAUCCACGCGAGUGAUACUGUUCGAUUUGAGCAAGGUUACCGAGAAAUCGCGUCUGUAGCGGAGAUCCCUGAAAGGAGUGAUCCAAAAACUGAUAUCUUUCAACUGGUUAAUAAAUGGCUGGGGGAUGAGAGGAAUGGCCACUGGGUGAUGGUAUUAGACAACGCAGAUAAUCACAACAUUUUUUUUGAUGUCUCUGGUGGAAAUACACCCUUGUCCUUGGCAAGUUAUCUGCCUCAGGUGUCACACGGAUCAAUUCUGAUCACGUCACGGAAUAAAAUGGCGGCACGGAAUCUGGUGGGGACAUAUGGCGAUGUGAUUCCAGUGGAACCAAUGAGUGUCGACGAUGCACUCACUCUACUCCAAACCCGUAUUGAUAUAGAUCAAUCAUCUGAAAGUGAAGCACGAGGGCUAGUGGAGGCACUUGAAUACAUCCCUCUGGCAAUUACACAAGCUGGUGCAUACAUUGCCAAUCGUACACCUCGAAUUAAAGUGUCGACUUACUUAGAGCUCUUCCAGGAAAGUGAGUCGAAUCAGGAGCGUCUUCUGAAAUAUGAUGACGCCAAAGAUCUCCGGCGAGAUGGGAGUAUCCGGCAUCCAGUGAUCAACACAUGGCAAAUCUCAUUUGACCAGAUCCAUCGUGUAUUCCCUGCAGCUGCAGAUCUGCUGGCACUUAUGAGUAUGUUUGACCGACAGGGGAUUCCAGAGGAUCUUAUCAACCAGGGUAAGAAUCGAUUGACCUUUGAGGAUACAGUGGCUCCGCUAGUGAGCUUUUCUUUGAUCCGGACUGAGAUUGGAGGACAAUCAUUUGAGAUGCACCGGCUUAUACAAUUAUCAAUCCGAGAGUGGCUGAGGCAGCAGGAUCGGUUUAAUAUAUGGGCAAAACAUGCCCGACAAGUGAUGGAGGCAGUAUUUCCUAGUGGAGAUUACAAAACAUGGACCACUUGUCAGAUGCUUCUUCCACAUUUAAAAGAAGUGAUGCAGUUCCUGGUGGAGUCUGAGGAAGAAGAUCUGUUGAAUGGUGCGAGGAUUUCUGGACGAUGCGGUUGGUACCUUUAUCUUCGGGGGAAGUAUGAAGAGGCUGAAGCGAUGCAUCGACAGGCGCUCACUACUUGUGAGAAGGUGCUGGGAGCCGACCACUCCAAUACAUUGACAAGUGUCAAUAAUCUCGGGUUAGUGCUUGAAAAUCAGGGGAAGUAUGAAGAGGCCAAAGUGAUGCAUCAAUGGGCGCUCACUACUCGUGAGAAGGUGCUGGGAACUGACCACCUCAAGACACUGACGAGUGCCAAUAAUCUCGCUGGAGUGCUUAGCAGCCAGGGAAAGUAUGAAGAGGCCGAAGCGAUGUAUCGACAGACGCUCACUACUUAUGAGAAGGUACUGGGAGCCGACCAUCCCGGCACACUGAUAAUUCUCAAUAAUCUCGGUGAAGUGCUUAACAGCCAGGGAAAGUAUGAAGAGGCCGAAGCGAUGCAUCAACGGGCGCUCACUACUCGUGAGAAGAUGCUGGGAGCUGACCACCUCCACACACUGACGAGUGUCAAUAAUCUCGGCUUAGUACUUUACAGCCAGGGGAAGUAUGAAGAGGCCGAAGCGAUGCAUCGAUGGGCGCUCACUACUUGUAAAAAAUUGCUGGGAGCCGACCACCCUAAUACAUUGAGGAGUAUUAAUAAUCUCGGUGGAGUGCUUGAUAGGCAGGGGAAGUAUGAAGAGGCCGAAGCGAUGCAUCGACGGGCGCUCACUACUCGUGAGAAGGUGCUGGGAGCUGACCAUCCUGACACACUGACAAGUGUUAAUAAUCUUGGUGGAGUGCUUAACAAGCAGGGGAAGUAUGAAGAGGCUGAAGCGAUGCAUCAGCGGGCGCUCACUACUUAUAAGAAGGUGCUGGGAGCUGACCACCCCGACACACUGAUGAGUAUGUGGCAUCUCUCAUAUUCUUGGAAGAAGAAAGGUCAAGAUGUGGAGGCUUUAGAACUCCUCCAAUCUUGUAUUCAGCUUCAACAUGAAACAUUAGGCCCUAUCCACCCUCAUACUAUGUCUGCUUCGGCUAUGCUUAAUAACUGGCAGGUAUCUAGCCAAGACCAGGAGUCCUUUUUCCGAGAUCCGCCCACUGUUCCCCCAGCACGCCAUUGAAGAGUGGGAGUAUCCAUACCACCCUUAAAAUCACCAAAUAUCGCAAAUGUGAUAUAAUAACCAGGCUUUUCCGAAAAUAGUAGAUAUAUACACAACCUCCUUAUAUUUGGCCAUAAGUUCUACUUCCGAUAAAAGAUCAUGUAACAUCAUUCUCUUAUGUUUUCU